AUGACCGACACAGACAAUGAUUCAGGGAACGUGGAGGUUAUGAAGGUCAUGGAGAGCAGGGGUGGGAAGUUCGGCAAACACAUCCAGAAGAGGCAGCUGGAUAUUCCAGAAUAUGCUGCCAGCUUCGUUGACUACAAGGCCCUCAAGAAGUUGAUCAAGAAGCUUAGUGCGACACCGGUCAUACACGCCCAAGACCUCACACAUGCUGGAAGCGGUCUUGCCGACUCUCAAGCCUCAUUACAGGCAAAUAAAGCCACAUUCUUCUUCCGACUAGAACGUGAGCUGGAGAAGGUGAACACCUUCUACCUACAGAAAGAAGCCGAGCUCAAGUUACGGUUAAAAACUUUGGCGGACAGGAAGAAGUCAUUACAAGCUCGUGGACUGUCUGCUUCAAAGCUCUCGACAGUCUUCGUUACACUGGAUGAAGGUUUCCGGCUGUUCAACAGUGAUCUCGACAAGCUGCAGCAAUUCAUCGAGAUCAAUCAGACAGCCUUCUCAAAGAUCCUCAAGAAGUGGGACAAAACUUCAAAGUCGCGCACAAAAGAGCUGUAUCUCUCACGAGCAGUAGAGAUCCAACCUUGCUUCAACAGAGAUGUCAUCAGGGAUCUUUCCGACCAAGCCACAUCAAGCUUGCUUGAGCUUGGCGCUUGGGCAGAAGGUGAAAAGAUUGAAUACAUCCCUAGCGGCGAUCAACACCAAAAGCCCCAAGCCGGUGCGCAAGAGGACAACGAUAUUGAAAUGCAAAUGCAACAGGCAGUGAACACUGGUAACGAAGCACUAAUCAAGGAGUGGAUCUCAAGAUUGGGGUCCACAGAUGAAGCAAGAGAACGCAUUAACCGCAUCUUCCUCAGCACAAUCAACGACGCACCCUUGGAGAUGCAAAAGACCUUGUUGGAGACGGACCUGGUCAAUUUGAACUACGUGGAUGAGAUCAACGAACGUACUUGCUUGCAUGAGCUCUCGAUCUCAGGAAGACUACGCACCCUGACAAUGGUACUCGAGCGUGGAGCAAACCCCAUAGCGACCGAUAUCUAUGGUCGCAUUCCGCUACAUUACGCCUGUAUGCGCGGUCACGUUGACGUAGUCAAGGAACUUGUCAAGCACGACUCGGCGAAUGCAAUGCAGGGCGUAGAAAGCACUUCUCCAAAUGCCGCACCCGUUGCUGAAAGCGUCGACUACAAGGACCUGGACAAUUUCACACCUCUCAUUCACGGUAUCGUGCAUGCGCGCUUUGCCGCUGUGCAGGCAGUCUUGGAGUUGGGUGCUCGCGUAGAUCCGACUAGCGAAGCCGACCACAUUCCAAUCAACCUGGCCUGUCAGUACGGAUCGGUCGCAAUUGUGGACCUGCUCCUCCAAUACCACCCACAAAUAUUGCCUGAUGCAGAAGGCCUCUAUCCACAACAUCUAGUUCCUAGAUCAGGCCGUAGUCCGCAGAUACUGCAGAUGCUGAAGAACUACGGAGCUAAUCUAGAUCAACCGGACAAACUCUAUCAGUGGACUCCGCUCUUCCAUGCUGCGAGCGAAGGUCACUUGUCUUGCCUGCAAGCUCUACUUGAGUUGGGCGUAGACGUUGAUGCAUUGGAUGAGAAGGACCUCUCCGCCAUGUACUACGCUGCAUGGGAGGGUCACUUGGACUGUUUACGUCUGCUGGAAAAGGCAGGUCACGGCAGAGGAAUUGCCCGUGAAGAACCAACGCCAGCUCCUGCCACUUUCCAAUCUAUUCUCAGCUCAAGUGCGCCCAUCCCCGCAAGUGCGGAUAUGGAAGCAAUUCCUGAUCUUUCAUUGCCCCCUCCCAUCAUUCCUCUUAGAAGAUAUGGUCACAACUUCCUCGACACAACAAAGACAUUCAUUGUCAUUAGCUUCGAUUCACAAGAUGCCGAAGCGAUUGAAUUCUAUGGCGACAACAAGUAUCCUGCAGCAAGGUUGACGAUAUCGUCCAAAUCAUCAGAUCUCAUCCCCCGCAACAUCCCAUUGCCGAUACAGGACGAGUUCAAGGUCAUCUCUUUCCAGAUCGACAACCUCGACACCUUUUCGAUCGACUUCGACAUUUUCCCUACAUUCGGUUCCAAGAUCAUUGCCAGAGGCGCAGCGUCGUCGCUUGUAUUCUCGCGCAGAUACAGUAGUUCUGGAAAUUGGCAUCUGGAACUCUUUGACCCUAGACUCCGAGCUAUUGGACGUAUCAGCUUCAAGUACCAAGUCGUCACGCCUUUCCAUGGCAUUCCCAUGGAGAUUACACAAUUUGCCACGUACUGGAAGGCGACGAGUCAGAUCAGCUCUCAGCCUAACGCACUUAUAACUGGUUCAAGUUUGAGCGGAGAUUACAUGCGCAUCUUUGUGCAGGCAACCAAGGAUGGUGUGCCAGUCCUGUACCCUUCGUGGGCUAUGCCAUCGGCACUUGCAGCGUAUGGUGUGAGAAAUGACCUGAUCAGCCGUCUGACUUAUGAGCAAUUCUCGGCAAUCGGCAAAGCAAACGGCAAGGGACCUGAAAGCUUGAGGGCGCUGCUUGAUUCUUCGCGCGCGCUGUUGGCGCAGGGUCUUGCAAACUGUUGGUGCUCUCUCGGUGACGUGCUCGAGAUCCUGCCUCCACAGAUGCAUCUCGAUGUGCAUAUGCUCUUCCCCACAAAGGCAGAAGAGGAGCAACUGCGACUUGGCCCGACAGGCAAUAUCAACGAAUUCGUGGAUGCUUCGUUGAAAGAAGUGUUCGACCAUGCAAGCCGCCUACGUGGAGCAAAUGAAGGCUUCAUAAGAUCAAUUGUGUUCUCUUCUUACAACCCCAACAUCUGUACAGCACUCAACUGGAAGCAGCCAAACUACCCUGUGCUAUUGUGUAAUGACCUCGGCAUUGAACAAGCAAUGUCGGAAGAGGCAGAGUGGCCACUGUUCAGCAGUGGGCGUACCACAACAUCUGUCAAGGAAGCCGUCAGAAUUGCACAGAGCAACAACUUCAUGGGACUGAUGUGCAGCUCCAGGUUGCUGGAACUUGUACCGGCACUGAUCGAGUCAAUCAAGACGGCAGGGCUGGUGCUCAUCGCCGACGUGACCAACUCGACAACACAGGAGCAGGUUGCACGAGCGUCGUUUGACGCGCUGCCAGAUGAGGUGGACGGUUAUCUUGACAACAACGCAGUUUUGCGAUUCCACGAAAGCGUCGAUAUGUAA